GACGCUCGGCGCCUCGGAUGGGAUUCGCUCAUAAAAUAGGCUGCCCACGGGGCAAACAGCAGCAGUUUGGGAGAAAUUUCCCAUCGGUCAACACAUCCCAGCAACGCCCAUAAGACGAACAUGAAGUCAAUUAUCAUAUUCCUCGCCUUAUUUGCCGCUUGCCAUGCGGCACCCACUCCGGACACCACUCCGGCUGAUGUCAAGGAAGCCACCGAGUCGCUUUGGCGUCCUAGCCCCAUCGCUCCUGAAGUGAUCAGCGAUCCCAAACCCGAAGAGAAGGUUGUCCUGCUGAAUCGCCAGAAGCGGGAUGAGAAGGCUCACCCCAAGCCCGACAGCGUUAAGGCACGCGAGUUGCUGCAGCAUAAUCCACAUCGCCAGCAGCAAUCGCCAGCUAAGGCCCAGCCCGCUCCCCUGCAUGGAUCCCAGACUCACGAGCCCCAGCACCAUGAUCACAAGAAGUCCAAGCGCGAGGCUCACCACGAGGAAGGACAUCACGAGGAGGGACACCACGAGGAGCCCAAGAAGGUGGUCCGGCCUCUUACUUUGCCAACAAUCGCUCCAGAAGCCCACAAGCAGGCCAAGCGCGAGGCUCACCAUGAGGAGGGACACCAUGAAGAGGGACACCACGAGGAGGCCAAGAAGGACGAAGGCAAGGAUGAUCAUUCUCAUGCCGAGGCCCAAAAGCAGGCAAAGCGCGAAGCUCACCACGAAGAGGGACAUCACGAGGAGGACAAGGAGAAAGCCCUGCCUCAUGCAUUGCCAGCAGCCGCUCCAGCAGCCGAAGCUCACAAGAAGUCCAAGCGCGAGGCUCACCAUGAGGAGGGACACCACGAAGAGGGACACCACGAGGAGGCCAAGAAGGACGAAGGCAAGGAUGAUCAUUCUCAUGCCGAGGCACACAAGCAGGCAAAGCGCGAAGCUCACCACGAAGAGGGACACCACGAGGAGGGCAAGGAUGCUCUGCCUCACGCAUUGCCUGCAGAUGCUCCCGCAGUCAAAGCUCCCAAGCAGAAGCGAAACUCUCCAACGAAGCCAGAGGCGUCAGGGGCCAACCAUCACGAUGCCGAUCACCACGAAGAGGAGCAUUCGGCGAAGCCAGACUCCCACGCUCACCACAAGCAGAGGCGCGAGGCUCCCUCCAAGCUAGCCGCCGUGACUAUCGACGAGAAAGUUCAGCACGAUCCCAAAAAGGUCGAAGAGCUGCACAAAGCCAUAGAAUCGCUGGCCAGUGCACAAGCCAAGGAGCGCCAUCAGCGUGACAUUCCGGUGCCCACUGAGAUCAAGUCCACCACGGCUCCAGCCCACACUCACAAGGCCGAUAGCUCAGAGCUGACUGUGCCCAUCCACCACCCCGUGUCCGUGGCCGAGUUGUUCCACAAGGAGAAGCCCGCCGCCGCAGCCGCCACAGCAGGUUCCAGCUCCGACGAGAGCAAGGAGAAGAGCAAGGAGACCUAGGUCUAAGCCAAGGCCACAGCCUUGCCUCCCGUCCUGCUUAUGUAACCGCGCAGCGUAGCGUUAAUUUUAACCGUCACGUUAUCCAUAAUGAACAAACGAAAAAAACGAGAUUGAAAAAUAAACAAUAAUAUUUACACACUUACAUAAACGACGUCUGCUAAUUAAA